CCCAGGAGGUGUCCAACUUGUGCGCAACAGCCUCCAAAGCGCGCACAGCGAUAGUGCUUGACCAUGAAACGCAUUUUAAACUUUGCUAGUUAACUACUUAUCUUAAUGUCUCAUUAUUGAAAGAAAAAAACAUACAUAAAGUACCUCAUAUUUAUGCUACAUUUAGAAGUCUUGUUUUCGCAUGUAGAUGGACAUGGCUUUACUAAGGGUUUCCCCGGUGAGUUUUCUUCACGCCUGGCUUACCCUGGCGAUAUGGGGUCGGUAUACGUUGGCGUUUUACGUCGCUGGACAACAACUAGAGACGACCUGUGAGGCGAACGGCAGCGUCUAUUAUGUGGGCGAAUGGUACUUUUUAGACUCUGAUCAUUGUACCCAGUGUGAAUGUACCACAGAAGGGUCUGCCUGUGCGAGGACCGAGUGCACAUCCAUACCGUCCGCAUGCAUCCAUGUCAGCCAUUACCCGACAGACUGCUGCCCGACAUGCGAGAAAAUCGGCUGCGAGUACCGGGGAGAAGUGUAUGAACUGGGACAGCAAUUUCAGCCAUCAGAAUGUGAGCAGUGCACCUGUGACAGUGACGGAAUCGCCCGUUGUCUGGUAGCAGACUGUGCUCCCCCACCAUGUGUUAAUCCAGUAUAUCAGAAAGGCAAAUGCUGUCCUGAGUGCAAGGAUGGGCCCAACUGCUAUGUAGAUGCCUCUAGGACCCAAGUGAUCCAAGGAGGAGAGCCAGUAUGGGUUGACUCCUGUACCAAAUGUCGAUGUCAUGAUGGGCAGGAUGCAGGUUACUGGGAGGGCAACCGCUUGGCAAUGUGUUCCCGUGUCCGAAACUGCCAGCCUGAAGAGAGGCUAAACUGAGGAAAGAGGUCACAAUAUAAGAUCUGUCAUUCUGAUUUAUACAACAUUGCAAAAACUGUCUCAGUAGAUAUCUAAACCACACUUACUGAAGAAGAAUAUAUAGCCUACAAGCUUUGGACUCUGUAAGAUUAAACAUAUACUGUAAACAAACAAGAAACAAGUUUAAACAUCAUUGUUAGUCUAUCAUUAAUCUUACGUUAACUAACCAAUUAACAUACCAGUCCUUAAUGUAAAAGGAAUCAGUAUAAUCUUGUUUUGACUUACUAUGGGAUAUUCUCUAAUAAAACAGACCAUAGAGCUUAGUUUUGAGACUCUUUGUGUCAUGGUUAGCAAUAGCACAGUAAGCAUAAUACAUUUGCAGUAUAGGCCUACAGUUCAAAUGCAUUUUUGAAGUUACAGUAAAGUUGUUUUAAAAUUAAUUGACAUUGGACAUUGUGUUGUACAUGUUUGCUAUGCCUUAAAAAAGCAGCUUUUAUGAUCCUCCACUAAUUUUUAUUAUUCAUUUUUUAUUGGUGUUUUUAUAUGAAGUAGCAUGUACUGUAUGUUUAUAUUCUUUUCUGCGUACAAAGCCUGGAAACCAAAGUAUGUUGACACUGUGAUGCACAUUACUGCCAUGCAGGCAUGGACACAGCUAAUGUAGCAUGAAAUACAAACAACGAGGAGGAGGGUAUGGCCAGGCCAUAACGAUGGACACCUGGCCACGCCCUCCUCCUCCUCAUCACACUUAAUAAACCAGGUCCAUUUUUGCUUUAUUUCUGUUUUGACUGUUAUUUUGACUGCUG